AUGCCUAGGGCCAACAGCUCCAGCCUGACCCCAGGGUUCUUUAUCUUGAACGGUAUUCCUGGCCUGGAAGUUGCACACCUCUGGGUCUCCCUCCCAUUCUUCCUCAUGUACAUCAUUGCCGUUGUGGGGAACUGUGGGCUUAUCUACCUCAUCAGCCAUGAGGAAACCCUGCACAGGCCCAUGUACUACUUCCUGGCCCUGCUGUCCUUCACUGAUGUCACCUUGUGUACCACCACGGUGCCCAACAUGCUGUGCAUAUUCUGGUUCAACCUCAAAGAGAUCAACUUCAAUGCCUGCCUGGCACAGAUGUUCUUUGUGCAUAUGUUGACUGGACUGGAGUCUGGGGUGCUUAUGCUGAUGGCCCUGGACCGCUAUGUGGCCAUCUGCUACCCCUUGCGCUAUGCCACCAUCCUCACCAACCCUGUGAUUGCCAAGGCAGGUCUUGCUACCUUCUUGAGGAGUGUCAUGCUCAUCAUCCCAUUCACUUUCCUCACCAAGCGCCUGCCCUAUUGCCGGGGAAACGUUAUUCCCCACACCUAUUGUGACCACAUGUCUGUGGCCAAAGUAUCCUGUGGCAAUGUCAAGGUCAAUGCUAUCUAUGGUCUGAUGGUGGCCCUCCUGAUUGGUGCCUUUGACAUCUGCUGUAUCUCGGUGUCUUACACUAUGAUCUUACGAGCUGUGGUGAGCCUGUCAUCAUCAGAUGCUCGGCACAAAGCCUUCAGCACCUGUACAUCUCAUAUCUGUGCCAUUGUCAUCACUUAUGUACCCGCUUUUUUCACUUUUUUCACUCAUCGUUUUGGGGGGCAGAGCAUUCCCCAUCACAUACACAUCAUUGUGGCCAACCUUUACCUGCUACUGCCUCCUACCAUGAACCCAAUUGUUUAUGGGGUGAAGACCAAGCAGAUUCGGGAAGGUGUCAUCAAAUUUUUAUCUGGAGAUAAAUUUGGCAUUACCUAA